AUGUCUGCGCGCCCCCGACAGCAGGUGCCAGCAGCAGCCGCAUGCCAGCAGAGUGGCCGCAGUUUGCCGGCGCGCAGGGCGCGAGGGACCGCGGCUCGCCCCGCGCCUGCAGGGAUCACCGGCCUGCGGCCGUGGCAGCCCCUAGCCGCGCGCGCCACGGUCACUCGGAGCCAUCCUUGCUGGCGUGCCAUGGCGCUGCAUGCCCCCGCGGCGGCCGGCGACGCGGCGGGACGGAACCGUGCUCCCCGCGCGGCCUUCCAUCAUGGCGCCGCGGGUGCACCAGGACGGCUCCCGGCGGGCGCUCCCGCGCCGGCGGAGGCCGCGGCGGGCAGCGGCCGCCCGGCCAUGGCUGGCGCCGCCGCGGUCCUCGCGGCCAGCGCCGCCCGCCUCUCCAGGAGAGGCCUGGCGGCGGCGGGGCUGGCGAGGAGAAGCAGACGAGUCGUUCGACAUGCAGGCCCGCUGAAAAGACUCAUCGGCACGGUGAAGUCGCUGUUCGGGAAGCGCCGCGGGCAAGUCCUCGACGCGGGAGCGUCAUCGCCGCCUCCACCCCCGAGCAGUACUCCAGGAUCAAUCACGGUGAGCUCUUUGCAGACUCUGGGUCAGCCUUUUUGUGGAGACUAUGCGGACCAGGGCCAGCUCAUCAACGGCCGGCGCGUGUUCAGAAAGAUGGGGCUUCCGGAGGGAAGCCAGGACGUAUACUGCCUGUUCAACAAUGCGCAGCAAUGGGCCUUCACUCCGCACAGCGAUGGACGCCCAGACGGCUGGGCCUUCGCGUCGGACGUGGCCGACGAGCCCUUCGGCAUCACCGGCCCCUUCAGCGUCUGGGACGGAAGCGCGUGGAUGCCCGACCCGACCCUGAGCAUCUCAGGCAGUCUCCCGCGCGCCCCGCCCGCCGUGCGGGAGGCGGCGGCCGCGCAGGCGCAGCCCGAGGCGGUCGCCGAGGAGGCCGAGGCCGCGCCAGAGCCGCCGGCCGCCGCGGAGAAGGAGGCGGCCGCCCCCGCCCCCGCCCCCGUGGAGCAGCCGGCGCUGCUGCCCGUGGAGGCGGCCCCGCUGGGCGAGCUGCACUGGAGGUCCCACUGGCACGAGAUGACCCGCUGCCAGUCCGACUGGCCGCCGGUGCCGGCCCACUUCAGCCAGAGAGCGCUGCCUGACCAUGCUGGUGUCAAGCGUGGGGUGUUGUCCAACGGCCUCCGGUAUGUCAUGCUCCAGAAUGCGAUGCCCCCGCAGCGUUUCGAGGCCCACAUCGAGUUGCACGUCGGCAGCAUCGACGAGGAGCCUCACGAGCAAGGCAUCGCUCACAUGAUGGAACACGUCUGCUUCCUCGGCAGCAGGAAGCGCCAGGGACUGGUCGGCACUGGUUCUCGCUCCAAUGCGCUGACCGACUUCCAGCACACCAUCUACCAUAUCCACGCGCCCAACAAGCUCGAGAACGGCAGAGACAUGUUCGUCCCAGCGCUGGGGGCGCUGAACGAGAUCGCGUUCGAGCCGGAGAUGCUCAACUCCCGCAUCGAGAAGGAGCGCAAGGCAGUGCUCGCGGAGAUGCAGCAGGUCAAUGACAUGGAGUACCGCAUCGAAACCUGGACCCUUUCGGGCCUGCACGAGACGAACAAGCUCGGGACGCAAUUUCCGAUCGGCAAGGAGGAGCAGAUCAAGGGCUGGACGAAGGAGGACCUGAAGGCGUUCCACGAGAAGUGGUAUGCUGGGGGCUGCAUCGCGUCCCGUCUGCCCCCCGCCAAGUGCGCGCG